CAGUCUUCGAGCGAACGAGGGCGCGUUAGCAACGGCCGCACAAAAAUACACGCGUCCUAAGUCGAAACGCGCGUAUAGGUAUUGCCGUGAACCUGCACAACAAAGUUGAAUGCCCCGUGUUUAUCGCAGCAAAGCCUCCUCUAUUGUAUACCUAGUUAGUUAUAUCGCGGGUGCCCCUAACCCAUAGUGAAUAUGCACUUGGAACUUUGUCGUCCCAACCAAAGAUUUUUCAACUGAUCAGGACCAAAAACCGCCAUCAUGAACUGCUUUUGCUCAAAAUCGAUAUCAGUGCACUGUAAAAUAGUGUUCCUAGAUGAAACUGAGUUGGUGCACGAGUUACAGAACAACUCUAGAGGACAAGCCUUGCUGGACAUAGUGUUUAGACACCUGAACCUGCUGGAAACCGCGUAUUUCGGACUUCGAUACCUGGAUCUCAACGGACAAACGCACUGGUUAGACCCAUCGAAGAAGUUGAACAAGCAAAUCAAAGGUCCCGAUCCUUACACGUUGUAUUUCGGGGUUAAGUUCUACGCGGCUGAUCCUUGCAAGUUGCUGGAGGAGAUAACCAGGUAUCAGUUCUUCCUGCAAAUCAAGCAGGACAUCCUGCAAGGGCGACUGUUGGUGCCUUUCGAGCUGGCUGCGGAGUUAGGGGCGUAUAUAUUACAAUCAGAGCUGGGCGAUUAUGAUCCCAGGCGGCAUAGCCCUGGAUACGUGUCGGAGUUCAGAUUUCUACCCAAUCAGAGUGUGGAGUUGGAGAUGAGGAUGGCCGAGCUGCAUCAGACGUUGGUGGGGCAACUUCCAUCGUCAGCAGAGAUAAACUACUUGGAUAAAGUCAAAUGGUUGGAAAACUACGGGGUGGAUUUACACCCAGUGUUAGGUGAAGACCACGUGGAAUACUUCCUAGGCUUAACCCCGAGCGGUAUCAUAGUGCUACGCAACAAAAACACAGUAGGUAAUUACUACUGGCCGAGGAUAACGAAAAUAUACUUCAAGGGGAAGUAUUUUAUGCUCCGCGUGACCGAUAAAAACAACGACGAGUGCACCUACGGUUUUGAAACGCCCUCAAAGUCUGCCUGUAAACAUUUAUGGAAGUGCUGUGUGGAACACCACGCGUUCUUCAGAUUAGUGCAAGUUACACCGACUAGUCCUGACAUUUUCGCUUUGGGGUCCAGGUUUAGAUACAGUGGUCGUACGGAAAAGCAGGCGGUCCGCGACGCCCAAAUGAAGAUCCGAUCUCCCCCCGCAUUCUCCAGAACCCCAUCGAGGAAAUUCCAAAGACGUUACAACGAGCGAAACAACCAGGAGCAAAUUCAGCCGGUGGAAAAGCCCAACGCGCCAUCGCAGUUCCACCCGCAGGAAGUAAAACACAUAUCGCUGCCGCUGCCGGUGGAGAACUUCGAAAACUCGCCCUAUAACACUCAGAGCGGCAAAAAGUUCGAUUCGCCGCGAAGCACGAGGAGCGCGCCCUGGUCGCAGCCGCACAGCAAAGGGCUGUACAACAGCUCAGCGCCGCCCAGCCCUAGAUCGGUGCGAUCGGGUCGCUUCAGAUCCAGCAGUGUUGACAGCCAGAGCUCCAACGACUCUAGGUCUUGCAAGAAGAGACGACACAGAUCGAAAACGUCGGACAACGAGAGCGAGUUGUCGAAAAGCUCGUCGAGAUCGCGCCGGAAGCACAGGAGAAGGAAGUCGCGGAGCAAACGCGACAGCGGUUCCGAAUACGAGUCCAAAUCGCACGACAGACGGAGCAGGAAGUCCGACAAUUACUACGAGCUGGUGGAUUCUCAGAACCAAUGGCAAGAAGUGCAGAAGAACGAGUUGGCGAACAUUCAGCAAGCGAACGUUGUCAGAAACAAGUCUCAUGACCGUCGAGCCACCUCUACCGACACGUACAACAGACAACACAAGCACAGAAAGCACAGAUCCAGAUCUAGAUCGCCGGGAGAUGCCAAAUCAAAGUCGUGGCUUAACGAGGAGCUUAAAAAACAUCUAGAAUUCGAUCUCGUGGAUACAGGCGGGAUGAGUGCCUUGCAGCUGAAAGAAAUACCGUACACGACAGUCCAAACAAACUUCUCCAAGCACGUUAAACUGAAAGGUAACAUUAACAAGACUCCCACCGAGGAUAAAACAACAAGAAUGACCAACAAUCAUUCCCCGUAUCUGCACCAAUAUCUCGAUAAAAACCCUCUGUACACCCAACACCACAGCUACUUGAACGAAGCGCUUACGAACUUCUCGUACCCAGAGGAUACCAACAGCAACUCGCUAAUAGGUCUUCCAGACCCAAUACAACCUUCAGGGUAUUACAACAGCAAUAUCAACGGUAUAUACAACGGCCACGACAACAGUAAUUACCACAGAAAUCAUCAGAACCAUCAAAACCAUCACGAGCAUUCUGAUUCUGGGUUGGGUAUCGAUCAGGACAUCGACAUCAAGAAGAGUUUGCAGCAGAAGAUCAUAUAGCAAAAGUUGAGGAGGGUCCGCAAUAGGCCCUAAUGAGGUUGUUACCAAAUUAUAGAACCAUUGUAUAUAGAUUUUCAACUAAGGAGAAUAUUUGGAAAUAUUUUUCGUUAGUUACUGUUUCUUUGCAUGUGAUAAUAUACCUUAGUAACCUUCUGAAGAAUGGAGCUGUUUGUUUACAUACUUUUGUUAGAGAAUGAUAUCAAAAUGAUUAUUUCGAUUUUGGUUACAAUACUGUACUCAAAUUUCGUUUGGUAAAGACAUAAUAUAUACAGCUAUAAUGAUAUUCCAAGGUCUCGUAUUAAGAGUUCAAUAAUUUAUCACCAUACGUUUUUUUAUAUUUUUUAAAGCAGCCAUCAAAAUAUAGUUAUAUUUUCUUUUAGAAGGCGAACAGGCUAUAGGUAUUAGGGUGUUUCUAAAAAAAGCUAUAUCGUUUUUUUACGAUCUAACAAAAAUUCCUUAGGUUAUACUGAAAUAAAAAUUCAGUACAACCCAACCCUUAUAAGGAAAUUAUAAUUUCAAUUUUACUAGGUUUCUUACCGAUUAUUUUGUCUCAACAAUAAACAAAGUACCUAAGCUAGUUGAAUAAUAACAAUAAUUUUCCGCCAGUGAAACUAGUGAAACAAUGAAAAAAGAUAAUUGUAAAUAAUAAAUUAGAGCUAUAUUUUACACACUCUCAUAAAUAUGAUUUUAAAUAUUGUUAACAUACUAAAUUAAAGGCAAAUGCAAACUUAACCUCAAAACCAAAACAAUCUGUCAAUACCAUUAAGUAUAGUUCACACUACGAUUCGUACUAUUUUUUCAUUGCCAUUGUGGAUUAAUGUUAGAACAAAAAAAACUAUAUCUUUUUUUACCACCCUGCUCUCAAAAAUAUAUACUUAUAUACCAUUUAUAAACUUUAUAUAAAGGUUACCUACUACUAUUUAGCACUUUUUAAAACAUUGUACUGUACAUUUAUAAAUGUGUACUUUUUAGACAUUUGAGUAAUUAAUUGUAUUUUAUAAAUCAAUUUGUGUUGUAAAAAAAUGUGAAAGUGAAAUGAUUGUUAAAUUAUUUAAUGUGUAAUGUAAUUUUUGUGUAAAUAUGUAUAAUACUUGACUUGAUUUGCAAAAUCUUUUUAUACUUUUUUGUAAUGGUGUAAUUUAUAUGUCUUUAGUAGAGAUAAAUGAG